AUGGACUCUAACAUUAUGGAGAUAAUAGAGGAAUUCAUGGAAAGUGCGUUGGUGCAAUGGGUACGUCAUUUAUCAUUUAUCUCGUUUAGUUAAAGGAAAGGUCAUGAUUUUAAGAGGCAGAGGGAGAGGGAAAGAGAGGGGAUUUAAAAUACUUAUUUCUGUGGAAAGCCUGCAUAGACCUGCUGAAGACUGUAGGCUACUACUGUUAGAGCUUGUUUGAAUGUAGUUUAAUAUGAUAUGGUGUCAUAUAAAGCAGUUUGAUUCCCAGUUAUAUGUACUAAACUAGUUUAAAGUUAACAGUUGAAUACAUGUCUAAAAUAAGUCCAGAUAUUUGCCAUUGGUAACAACAAAACAAACACCCGACUUCUGCUUUUAGCAGCUUCCCUUGUCUCUCAGUGACCAUUUUUUUUCUCCUGGCAGAGAAACUUCCGUGUCCUUGGGCUGUCUCCGAUUUGAAAAAGUAAUCUACUGUGUGUUUGGUCUGAAGAGGGUUUGUUGUGUUUCUAACAAGCUGGUUUUCAUCUGGGUUUUCCACAUGAGAAACCAAUCAGCCCAGGGGGAUUUAUAUCCCUUUCUGGUCAAUGAACAUUGUUUACAAUACAAUGUCAUAAUGUCCCGAACCCUAUAGGGGAUAUUCUCCACAGUUUUACCCAACGCUAAAGAGGGUCAUGGGUCAGGUUCAACAGCCUGCAGCCAGCGUAGGUAUAGUGUUGCUCAAGGGCACUUCAGCCAGGCAGUUAUUCACUGGCAUGAGAGCUUUCACCCUGCUUCGCAAGACAGACAUCCGUGAUAACAGCUCGGCUCUACUGCCCAGUUUACUCACUUGGUCAAGGUCUCCAGCAGCUCAUCUUCACCUAAUCAGCUGUGAACUGACCAGGCUGGUAGUUGUGUUUACAGACAGUGCAGUUUUUAGAAAAUGCAGGUGGGAAUAAGCCUCAUUAUAUUGCAGUUUGCAUUGGCACAGCUCUUCUUAGGGGGGAGAAAGACCUUGGCUGCGGCCCUGCUUGGCUGCCUGUCACUGUGAAGUACUUCCCAGUGUGAGAGCACAGAUCCCACCUGUCCAGACAGGUGCUCCGACUCAAGUGGCUUCCUGCACUGGAGAAAUAUUUGCAAUUCUCUGUCUCCCACUCCUCUCUCGUUCUCUUUCUGCUCCUGAUUCUGUCAUCCUCCUCCUCCCCUACCACCUCCUGCUAUACUCUCAUGCUUAUCUCAAAGCUCACACAAUGAUUCCUCCCUGUCUCUCACAGGUUCAGCUGUUUGAGAAGAUGGUAGAGGGAGAGGAUGGUGUCUCUCUCUACAGCCAGUACAUGGAAGUAAACUCAACUACCCAGAGUACCCGGGACCGGUAUAUGAAGCUGACCAAUGGGGUUUUCCUCAAUGAGGUCAUGAGAGUCAUGUAAGAUUGAUCAAGCGUUUCUUACUUCACUGCCUUGCUGCCACAUUAUGUCUACAAUGCAAAUGAAGGCCAGACAAAACAAUUAUUGUCAGAAGAACAUGCAAGGAAAUGUCUCAGGCUACAGUUGAUUUAAGAAAAAAGUAAAAAUGUGUUGAGCUCUAGUUUAUUAGGGGGAUUUGUAGAAACUAUAAUACAUAUAUAUAGAUAUGAAAAGAGAAAAGCAUGUUUCUUCCUGCAGUUUGUUGUAAAAUGUAGCUUGAAUAUCUCUGAAUCAUAAUGAAACAUAGCUACCUGAUCUUUAAGGGUGAGCCAUCACAGGUAAAAUUUUCUUUUUUUGCAUGCAGUGACAAAGGACUUAGAAGUUCAGCCUAAUCAUCCAUUCAUUACUUUGGUCUGGAUUGAAACAUCGCAGUAGAUUCUGGGUCGAUUUUAAAAAAUGUACCGGCACUCAUGGUCUUUGUUGAUAUGGUUGUGCUGACUUUUAUCACCUCUUCCAUCUCCUAUAGUGCCUUUUAGGGUUCACACUUGUUUUUAUGAUGUGAUAAUUGCCAAAAAUUGGAUGUACUUUGGUAUACAUUAUGGUAACAUAUUUAAAGACCACAAGGGGGGACUUUGCCAUUUUGAGAUUGCCCACUCAUUAAUUUGUGACUAAAUCCACAUAAAGUAGUACAAUUUACAAUAAAACUUAACAUAAAAAAAUAUGAUAUGUGAUCUCACAAGAUGUAAAAGAGAGGCUUAAAUGUGUUCUGUAUCUUCAUCUUCAAUUCUCAGCGUUUUUAACAUCUUGUCUCUGUCAUCCGAUGUGUUCACGAUGCCAAGCAGCUGAUGAAUCUGCUCCGUUAUUCCAGUAAAUAGCCACAUGUCGAUUCUCACUGCCUCUGUUUCUCAGGCUCAUUAAAGUUUUAUUCACUGGCUGCUUAAAUGCAUUGUUGUAUAAGGGUGUCCCAUCUUGACUGAUGAGGUGCCGUGCUGUUUGUUCAAGUUCCUGUUGAUUCACCGCCAUGUCCCUUCUCUGUUUAUCUUAGAGACCCAAACCCCAAGGUGGAGCGGCUGUACGACAGCGAGAAACAUGAUCACAUGCUGAGAGUCCAGAACUUUUCCAUUUUGAAUCGACACCUCAGAGCCUUUUACCAGGUAGGUGGAGAUCAGUGGGGAAGGAAAAUAAUGAGUAAUGAUCUGACACUCCACAGAGCAUGUACAUGUUUUCCUGAGAUAUUUCUGCCAUCAUGUAGAUUAAACCUAUCAUUGUAUGAUGAACUUUCAGUCUGUCUACUGGCUUUAAAUGUUUUUCUUCCUAGUUAAUGUCUUAUCUUUAGUUGUAAUAUUUAUAUCAAUUUAAGAUUGUCAAAGCAAUUCUCAAGCUUUUGACACCACAGUAAAAAACUGUUAUCUCUAAAAACAACAAUCUCUAAAAUCAACAACCGAUAAUUUCCAGUCUAGAUUAAACUGAGAUUUAAGAAACAAGAUGUUUAGUCUUAAAUUGGGAACUUGAUUGACAGCUUUUGUCCCCCUGUUUCAGGUCCUUAUGCUUGUCUAUUUUAUUCCCAAGUGAGAAAUGAACUGUUCCUCCAACUCAUUUCUUUAGUUGUAGUUUUAUUUCCAUACAAGUAUGGCCUCAACCAAAGCCUAACUGGAUGUUUUGAUGCCUUGUCAAAACUGGUCAGAAGGCAAUUCAUUCCACAAAGAGUAGGUUUAGUGAUCGGGCAACCCCGUGUGACACAGACUACACCAGUGUAUGGUAACUGACCUGAUCUGCAUUGUGUUAUACAAAAAUAUUUUGAAUAGCCCCAUUAGCAUUCUCUUGCAUUUCUUGGAAAAGGUUUUUUAUUUAAAAAAAAAGAAAGAAAAAAAGCUUGUGUAAUGGCUUUUAUGUGGAUGAACUAAAAUGACUCGCUGCUCAUUAUAAAUAGAGACGUCUCUCAAAUUCACUGGAAAAAAAUCUACUUCAACAUAACUCAGGGCCACACUAAAUGGCAGGGGAGAUAGGGUGAAGGAGGAGGGUUGGAGAAGCAGUUGGCUUGCUGUAAGGUUAGAGAAAGCAGAAAAAGAUGAAGCCCAACCAUCAGCCUCAACACACGAAUAUUUCACCUGAGGUGAUUCUCGAAGUUUGAAGUGUGUGUGAGGGCUGAUGGAACAUUUGCACAAAAAAGAAGAUGAAACACAGAAAAAAAUUACAUUCUCUGAAGACAUGUCCUUGCUUAUUAUCAGGCAAAUUGGGUGAGAAAAAGUGGAGAGAUGGCCAGCUGAAUCUUUUUUGAUGCAAUUGUGGUUUGGAUUCUAAAAAUUUAUCAAAUAGCAGCACCAUGCAUUGCAUAAUGUGCAUCUAAGCUGCCUGUGGCAUUGGAGGAAAUGACACAAUUGCUUUCCCCGAGGAUGAUUCAAAGCUCUCUGUUCUCAGCAGAGAAAACCUCCCCAAGCAGCAGUCAGGUGGGGUGAACAUGCACAGCAUAGCUUGUCACACAACAUGAGAACACGAGUCUACAAGGUUUCACUUCCUCAUUUUCAGUGAAUUGCUAAUGUCCCUUGAAAGCUCUCAGUAGCAGAAAACACUGCUGAUAAUUGGCGAGCUCAUAUCAGUCGAUGUUAAACCGAGUGCACUUAUAACAGGCUUGUCUAUAGUAUGGACGUUUCGUUUCACUCUGGUUGUGGUUAUACUUCUCAAUGUCUUUUUUUGGUCCUGUAUUGCUGUGUAUGUGUUUAUGUAAGUGUGUAUGUGCUACAAUACCAUUGUGUGUGUCUGGUUAGUGUAAACCACAGCAACAGUUGAUGACGCCUCAGUGCUAAAUUUUUUCCUACUGUGACUUCAGCUUUCAAACAGCUACUCACACUGUCAUCGAAGUGCCGUCUGCUUUGCUCUGUUUGUACUAUAGCCUCAUCAUUUUUCUCUUUUCCACUCCUCUGCUGAAGUUUGUUGGUUGUUUUCCAGUUUGUUCAUGUCUAUGUGGUUUGUGUCAUGCUAACUUCUAUUUCCAUGAGUAUGUUAGAUUCUUCUCUCAUAGUGCUAUUCUGGUAUACAGUAUUUAUUCUCAGCCUUUUCAUUGUGGUAUGCUUAAUUCUAUAGAUAGAUAGAUAGAUAGAUAGAUAGAUAGAUAGAUAGAUAGAUAGAUAGAUACUUUAUCAAUCAAGAAAUUCAGGAGUCGCGCCUCUCACAGACUUAUACACAGAACACUAACAAAGACAACAACGACGACAACAACAAGUGCACCUCUGCAGACCAGCCAAGUAGAGUAAAAUCAGUUAAAACCAGCAUAAAACCAGUAUAAAAAGUACAAUAAAUGCAAUAGUGCUAGCAGUGCAAUAUGUGUAUAGUGCUGAGGUGCACAGGUCCUCGACUCAGGUUGUGUUAAACAGUCUAAUGGCUGCUGGAAGAAAGGACCUCCUGUGGCACUCUGUCCUAGAGCGUAGCGCUAUGAGCCGGUCACCACGGCGACUGCUGGACUGCUCAGAGAGGAUGUGGUGAAGGGGGUAGCUUGUGUUUCCCCUGAUGGCUAGGAGCCAUCCAGUCAGUUCUAUUCUAUUCUAUUCUAUUCUAUUCUAUUCAGUUGAAUUCUAUGCUUUUCUAGUCUGUUCUAUCAUGUUCUAUUCUCUUCUAUUCAGUUUUAUUCUGUUCUAUUUGUUCUUUGCCAUUCUUUUCUGUUCUAUCCUAUUCUAGUCUGUUCUGUCCUAUUUUGUUUUAUUCUACUCUAUUCUUUCUAGUCUGUUCUAUUAUGUUAUGUGCUACUCUAUUCUGUACUUUUCUGUUCUAUUGUUCUGUUUUAUUCUGUUCUAUUUGCUUGUUGAUAUUCUUCUCUGUUCUAUUCUUUUCUAGUCUAUUCUGUUUUUCUAUUCUACUCUGUUCUAUUUGUUCUUUUCUACUAUGUUCUAUUCUAUUCCAUUAACGUGUUUAAAUGUGUAUUCUCUAUUUUUGUGUCAUUCUUGUGAGGUCUUCUCAGUUUUUGUUGUUGCUGAUUGUAUGAAGUUUGUUUUUGCUUUUCUGUUGUUACAUACAUUAUUCUCUCUAAAAGUUGUUUCCAUCAUUUUCUCAGUUGGAUUAAAUUGUCUUUAGUUCUGUCUUAGCCCAAACAUUGUACUGUAUAUGAGUUAUUCCCUUGAUUUUUAAAACUCUGUUGUUAUUUUCAUACUUCUCAGCUCCAUUCUCUUCUGUUUUCUAUUCUAUACUGCUCCUCUGUUCUCCUCUGUUUUUUUGUUCUUUUCUCAGUUAAAUGUAAAAUCCUUUAAUGGGUUUGAGUGAAGACACUUUCCUGUUAAUGGGAUUUUAAGUGCUAAUUUCUCCUGCCUACUAAUUUAUUGACCCUCUACAUUUAAAGAUCUCUGUUCUCAGUAAACCGUGACAUUUUUAAGGCUGCUGAACAUCUCGUAAAUGACGUUUGAAUUAACAUAAAAAUCCUCAGAUUGAAUCUGGUGUGCUCAUAAGCAUAAAGGCAAUUAAAAAAGAAAGAAAUAAAAGAUAAAGAAAAGUCAAGACAGCUCACCAAACUUUAAAAUCUAACUGUCUGUGAGUAAAAAGAAAGCAACUUCAGUUCAGCAACAUAAAGUACUCGACAGCGUAGAAAAUAUUGCACAUAGUUUCAGUUCUCUUUGCUACUGCAGCAUGAAUGAAAAUGCCCCAAAUCCAAGGCUAUUUUAUACAAGUGUCGAUAAUUUUCAAAGGCAGACCCACUCAGAAAGUCUAAUUCACUAUUUUUACUGUGUCAUUGAAAAGAGUUACACAUCCUAUAGAAAUCCACAGUGGGAGAAACUGUCCUGUAAAUCACUGUGAAGCACAGAUAACUACACCAUGCAUCAUAAGUACUGCUAAUCCUCGACCAAAGCAUGGUAUGCAGUUGUACUAAGCAUUGAUGUGUAAAACAUAGCGCAGAAGGGAUUUGAGUGAUAAGCAGCCAGUAUGUAUUUUGGCUGUGUGCUGCUGGAGAAGCAACUGUUCAUCAUGCUCUUACAAAAUUUGUAGUCCAGCUAAUCUCAUGCAGAAGUCUGUCUGGCAUCUGAAACCAUGAGCUUCAUGAUGACCGCCACAGAGCUGCAGAAGCUCACACCCUGCAGGCCCUGAAGGAGGGGAGACUUCAGGUUGGCUUCACGUGGCACUGAUGCCAAAAUCACACGUUUGCUGAAGGAACAACUCUGUGUUUUUGUACAUUUUCUGUUACAUUGUUCGGUUUAUGAAUUACAGUCCGUGGCAGAGAGGGCUGUAGUUGCCACUGUGUGUGAUUUUGUGUGGAUGGAGUGCAAGAGGAUGUGAACAGGCUUUCAGAGCAGUUGGGGCAGAAGCUAGCCAACAAAAUGUGUGGCUCUCUGACAGAAACAUUUUUAAUUAACAGGGACUUUGUUCCGGUUUGUUCUCAGUUCAAGACAGAAUAAAUAAAGUAAUACAAUAAACUGAAUUUCGUGAAGGGAAGUCAUCUGCCUUCCUCUCUGGUGUUGCUCUGAAUUAUAUUGUAAGAGGAGCUGCUAGAAGUACUUGUCUUGCCUCCAGUUAAACCAGGUUUCUGGACGGGGAGUGUCUGAAGUGUUUGUGGUCCAGAUUGAUUCAGCAUCAUUAAGAAUGUGCCAGGAGAUUUGUCCAAGAUCUUGAAUGAGAAACUACAUCUCAGUGAAACAAGCUGACCAGAGUGUUGAUGAGCCUUCUGCUUGUGCUGAAUCGCCAUUAAUGCUGGAACACAGAAUAAUGCUGCAGCACAGGACCGCAUGCCAGAAUAACUCAAACUCAUUGGCUCACUUUACCCACAUUAUGAGUCCACAGAAAAAACAUCAUGACUAUUUAACACCCACCUAGGGAACCCAUGCCUUUGCAUGUUUUAUAUUUGUUGACUCUACUGAAUGUUUGAACUGAUUUUUGUAAUAAUGUCUCUUUAGAACUGAAGCAGAAAUGUUAUUUCCAGAUAAAACACAAACCACUCACUAAAAGUCUAAGCAUGAAAGCAGGACACAUACAAAGGUAGGUUAGAAUAGAAGUCUGUUUUUUCUUUAGUCAAAAGACAGGCAAGGGUUAAAUCAGGUGGGCAACCUAAUCAGGCAGACAAAUCCAAUAAAAGGCCAGCAGAGAGUCAUAAAACCAAGGGUCAGGCACUGGGUCAAUCGAGCAGACUGUAUGCUGUAAAGCUAGCCAGCUGCACACAAGACAUUCUGGCAAAUUUUUGAUGUAUUGAUUUAACUUACUUAACCUUUAUUUAUUCGGGUUUGUCCCAUUAAGAUUAAAAAUCUAUUUUUCAAAGGAGACCUGGCCAAGACGGUCAGCAGCGAGAAACACAAAGCUGCAGACACAGACACACAGGAAACAGAAACGGUCAGCUGAUGAGAGUGGUGGAAACACAUUUACUGCAGGACAGGAAGGAGUGGCUGUGCUUGCAAGCAUUUGAUGGUUUAGAAAACGAAGGGGUGUAAUUGCCUUGCCCAUGACACCGUGAAGCUGUUUUCUGUUUGAUUGCUUAAGUAGUUUCAAUAUGAGGCUUCUUGUUUGCUGGAAUUCACAGAUUCUGCACAACUACAAAAAUUGGAUGGCAAGCAGAUUGAUCUUGGGUGUAUGAAGCAUCCUGAUUUUUGUUUAUUGUCAUCUGACAGUGAUUUGACUUUGAUUUAUGACUAUAGACACCUGCAUGCAAUCGUUUCUUACAAUCUGCUUUGAGAAGUCUGAUUGCAACUAUUACCCCUCACACUAUGACUGUUAAAGUCUUUCAAUGGGAACCACUUGCCCCAUCAGAAGCGUGAAAUAUUGCCUGUUGCUCUCAAAGGCUAUAUAAGCAUCAAUAGUUAGCUGAUUGGCUCUGGGAUUAGACUCAGUGACCUUUUAUUGUGGCAUAUGUCUGAAACAUGACUUCACUGAGCACAACAGGCAAUGCUAAGUCAUUUCUUGGCAUUUUAAAGUUGCAUUUUCAAGCCAGGCAUGCAGCGUUGAAAAAACACAACUAUCAAAAUUGUAAAAUUUUACAUAUAAAUGUUUGAUUCAGGUUGUGAGUUUAUAUCUUCAGCCCUUUGUGUGAGGGCAUAAUUGAGAAAAGCUGCAUUUAAACCAGCAGUAACAUUGCUUUUGAUGAUCUCUAGUUUUGUAUUACACUUAAAGUAAUUUCUCCUCUGUUGUUGGCCUAUUACCUUUAACAGUCUAAUAGCAAAGGCAACACUUAAAGGAUUUGUUUCUUAACUGUUUUCCAAUCAUCUGAUUUGUUUAAUGUAUUAACCUUGACGCACAGUUUGCAUACACUGACGUAUAUCAAAUAUAAUCCAUACAAAAACCUCUCUGACCCACAGGAACAACAAAAAGUUGCUCUCAUCUGAUAUCAAUUCUUUGUUUGCACUACAAACUGCAGGAGGCAGGUGGAAACUUUCCCUGUUGUUGUUUAUCCAGGCAUUCUGUGGGCAGACUGACAGGCCAAGCAAGCUGACUACUGGAGGACUUUUCUUCUCUUACGUCUUUAAAUUUAUUCUUUUCUUCAGGAAGACCUGCAGCAGUUGAUACUGAUGCCUCUCCCCAACGUUGCCAUACUGGGGCAGGACCCCCUAACAGGUACAAGAUAACAACAUGAUGCUAUCAGUGUCGUGUCUCUCAGGCAGCAAGAAAGUAAUUAUACUUUAUAUACGAGUCCAUAUCUCUGCUAUCGGUGAAACACAUUAAGGUGAUAAUGAUAGGGGGGAUGGAGGUGGGGGAGUGGAGAUGAUGAUGAUAAUGAUGAUGAUGACAGUUAUUUCUGUGUCCUCAGAGGCGGCAGUGGAGGAGCUCAGGCGACUGCUGCUGCUUUUACUCGGAUGUGCAGUGCAGGUGAACCCGCUCUCACAUGACAUCCUGUUCUAUAAAGGUCGAUAAUUAUACUAGUGAACCUGUGGACAGCCAGCUUUUUGCACUGAUAAUCGAAUAUUUGACAUUUUUGGUCAUGCAAAUCAGCCUGCCCUUCUCUUGAUCAAACAAUGACUAAAUUAAACAGGAUGGAUUAUCAUAUAAUUCAAGCCCUCAGUAAAUGACAACCCAAUGAAGGGGCUCCAUAUUUUUCCACAAAGGUGCAGCUCUCUACUCCACUUUAUAACUAGAUACAUCUUAUUUGAGAUCUCCCAAAGUAUUCUGAAAACAAAUUAUUAUUCACAUGUAGAAAAACUCAUAUCUUACAAUCAGUUACACUCAGAGUGAAAACACAUUGCAGUCAUUUUUCAUACUGUUAAAGAAGGUUUGAUGUUGCUGCUCUUUAAAACCGUUAAACAGAGGAGGAGCUGAAUGUAUCAGGCUGGAUGUGAAUCAUACAAAAUUUGGAAUAAAAACUCUCAUCCUUCUUUAUAACUGCUGCAGAGGACUAGCUGUAAAACACAUAUAAUUAGUCAAAUAAGCAUACCCUGUAUGUAUGUUGUUGAGGGGUUCAUGAACAGCAGCAUAAACAUGUAUAUAUCAGGAGGGUGGAACUUUUUAGAGCUAUAAGACUGAUUCUGUAUUGUAAUCUAUACUCACAGGUACCACUUAGACAAAUAAAGCAACAUGGAUUACAUGUUAUGAAGCAAUAAAACCUGGAAACUUCAGAGGGGGAAUAAAAGACUCUGUUCAUUGUUCAUAUUCAAUGUUCUUGGAUAAAUAUACACUAUCUACCUCUUUUUCAUGAGCAUAAUUUUUUGGCAUUAGUCGUAGGCAUGAAAAGAGGUUUUUUUUUCUUCCUUGAAGUGAGUGGGUUUGAUGCUUCGUUAAACCCUCUUUUGAACCUUUUUUGAACCCUGAUCAAGUUUUUACAAAGCGUCUCUUUUGGCGCUUCCCUCAGGCCAAACAAGACUCUUUUUUUCCACAAUAUUGAUGAUCUGAAAACAUAUAAGGUGCCUUUUUCCCUAUUUAAUCAACUGUAUUCAUCACCAGUACUCUGGUUGUCUUGUACACGAGUGCCAAGGUAAGUGUCAGAUAAACGGCAAUAUCUUGGAAAUGACUUUAGGUAGGAUUGUAUUUUAAAGGCAAUGCAGAUAUUCAGUCAUAUAUAACAAGCUCUUCAGCUGAGCAUCUUCCAACAAAUGCUUGUUAUCAUCAUUAAUCAAUCAAUCUUUAUUAGUGACCACCAAUUCAACAAGUCAUUUCAAGACACUUUACAAAAAGAAAUGGAUAUACACUGAUUCAAUACUGAUCCACUCUGUCAAAUCCUUUUGUGUCUGCAGUGUGAAAAAAAGGAGACCUUCAUUCAACAGAUCCAGUCUCUUGAUAUUGAAACCCAGGCAGCUAUAGCCGGCUGUAUCCAGCAGGUAUGUUCAAGUCCAGAACUAAUCAAAUCAUCCCCAAAAUAUAAAAUGGAUUCACUGACUGACCAUCAGUAUAAAGAGAUUUUAUCACUGGGCGACACUUCUAAGAGGUGCCACGUAAGAUUUAGCCAAGAAUUUCUCUGCUGUCUGGCCUGUAGGCAGAGAGAGUGAAACUAUUACAGGUUCUAUUGGGGCUGAGAGGAAAUGUGAAAAUUAGCUACUUGUUAUUCUGCUGGCGGACUUUAAAGGACCUCUGGGUGUCCCUUGCUGCCACCGUGGGAUGGAUCCUUCACCCUUUCUGUCCACCCCUCCACCUCUUUCCUCUUCACAUCACCAUCUCUCCUUCAUCCCGUUUCUGUCAUCCUCUGCUUCCUCUCCAAUAAAGCCUAAAUGCCAGAUUGUCGUCUUUAAAAAUACCUCCAGUGAAUGACUGCCUGUGCGUUACAAACAGCAUGCUGCAUACUGGCGUGGCUGAAUUACAGUAACAGCAUGUGGCCCACCAGCCUUUUCUCAGCCUCAUAAAUCAUAGGUGAGAGGUGAUCUGUCUGUGUGGAUGGAUGCACACCCAGCUUGCUGUUCAUAUGUCUAACACCUGAGGACAUUUCAAAGCCGUCCUCCUGAUCGUUAGUUUUCCUUGCAUUAGCCAGACGUGUUUUUUUUUUUUCCAAUAGAUACAUCCCUGUGGAAAUUGUCCUUCCAUCGGCACACAGAAGCGAUUGUGAUUAGUAUUCUAAUAGCCACUCACCGCCUGCAUAGCUUGUCCCCAGAUCUGCUGUUUUGUGUCUCAGAGCUGCAUCGAUCUCAUCUGAGACCUGAGAAACUGUCCUUGCUGCAGGUGACUCAGGAUCCUCGCAUGGUGCUGCCGCUGAGGUGGGAAGAGCUGGAGGAGGUUGAAGGUGCAGACCUACAGCUGGUGUUCAGCUCCAUGGCCAAACAGAUUCAAAGCCUGCUGGCUCAGAGGGAUGCACAAUUGGAGGUGAACAUGUAUUAUAUACACAGGGAGAGGGAAAAAAAAUCACAUUUUGGAAUUCACUCUUUUUUUUGUGGCUUAACCUGAAAAGAAAAUAUUGAUACCUCUCUUCUUGGUUGUAAGGUAGAUACAUGGCUUCAGUCAGCCAGACAGCCUAGCAACUUAAAUCUGGGGGAAGCAUUUGGCUUGGCUUUGCUCAAAGGUGACAAAAUCCACCCACUGGCAUCUGAAAGCUUUUUCUUGGCCAGGUGAAGUAAUCACCUGGGCUGCCAAUAAGAUUUCUAGGCAACAAUGAUUGCAUUUUCCCAAAUGUAGCCCAGCAUAUAAACCCAAGUUUAUUUCCAUAAAGAAAUCAAAUGACAUUAAUCAAACCAAAAGAUAUAAUUGAAUAAAUGUGCUCUGAUUUUUAUCACCAUAAGUCAGAGCCAAGCUGACUGUAUUCUACAUUGUGAACCAAGCUGAGCUUAACUGUCAGUGAUCUAAUUAUUUUUUAUUUAUAGAGUGCCAAGUUAUAGCAAAAGUUAUCUCAGGACACUCCACAGAAAAGUCUACUUUGCAACAUUCACCACGGUGGCAAGGAAAACAUCCCUUUAAACAGGCUGAAAUCUUGACAGAACCAGAUUAAUAUGAAUCUGCUUUAUCUCUAAGCUGAGAUAGCUGAUUAUGUGUAUUCUUCUUAGCAAACAGACUUAGAGAGCACUGCUGAUCAUCUCUGUGAAGUUUGCUUUCUCACCAAAACAGCACACAAAGAUGUUUGGGUAUUAUUUCAAAUCAUGUAGCUGGAAAGCUGGAAAGUUAAAUACAAGCAGUGAAAUCUCACGUGCACUUAAAGGACAGUGUGGAGAGAACAGCUCAUUAUACAAAUUAAAUACUGACAGGGCGAGCAGGAUCCUGACACAGUGCAGAUUCUGAUUUGCUAUCAGGGUCACACAAGACCUCUCUGCAAUAAUGUGUAACUAGUAUAGAGUCUUUUAUUAUUUGAUACUGAUAUUAAACAGUCAGUUAAUAAUAUUAGUGAAUACUUUUCAUUGAUAUUAUUAUGUAUUAAUAUGACAUAUUGUCAUAGCAUUUUUAUACUUUUACAGUCAGAUGAUUCUGAACAGGUGUUUAUGAUUUUAAAUGAACUCUUUGUGUCAUCUUUGAGGUGGUCUGGUGGGUAGGAGACAUACCCAACAAAAAUAUAUGUAUAUUGGGUUCUCAGGUGCAUUUACAUUUUUUCAACAUUCAUGUAUAGGACCAGUGAAAUGUUUACAAUAAGAUCAGUUCAUUUUUAAUGACAUAAUUGAUAAUUAAUUAACUAGGAAUAAUGGAUAUUCAUAAGUAAGUGCAGCUCUUGCCUUAUUAGGGUUUAACUGUGUCACACAUUUGAUCAACAUUUAAUGUCUUAUGCUGCUUAGAUCUCAUAUUCAGUUUGUAGCAGUUAGUCAGCAGCCACACUCUGAGCUGAUAUUCAAAUGAAUCUUAAUUUGGCAGGCAGAGGGAUAUUUUCAAUUUUGUAAACUGCAGGUAUGCUGUGGGGUUUUAGGUUGAAAUGUGAAAAGCUUUGUGGUCCACAAAAGCUUAUAAAAGAUAUAAUAGAAAUAAAUGAAAUAUGACUGGGGUUACUCCUCUCCACUGCCCGCACUGACUUUACUGAUGGAGGAGCGAGGUCAGGUUUUUCUUUAUUUUUUUAAACAUGAAAACUCAGACCCUGAUCAUUGUUUCAUACGGGAGCCUUUUUCAUGAUUUUAUAUCCACUGAGAAGUUUUACUGCUGUUUCUUUGUGAAAACAGCACCCUGGAAUGAGGUAUCUUUUCUGUUUUCAAGAAGGGAAUGAUGAAUUUAACUGUAAGCUUUAACCUUGGUACAAGAUCAGAGGAGAAUAAGUUAGCACAUUUUGAAUAAAUAUUUUCCAAAAACACAGAUUUUCUCUCAGAGCCUAAAUGAGACCCGAUGAAAGGAGUUCACCUUGCUUUCCUUUAUUUGAGUUCCAGUGGGUAAACACUUUUAAUUGCUGCUUGUACUUGUAUUACUGUAGAAUGUUGUACGAUGUCAGAAAGAAAAUUACAGGGAGAGGAAAGUAAGUUUUUGUAAAAAAGACAUUAUUACUCAUGCCUGUAUCUGAUAUUAGUUUAAAAUCAUAUCUGCUGCUUCUGUAUUUUAUUUUUCUGUCCGAUCUUAAUUCCUAUAAUCCAUACUUUAUCAUGCACAUCUUUCCCUCCCUCCACAAAUCCAUCUUUCCUCUUUUCCUGUUGCAUCCAAUCCUCCCAUCUCCAAUCCUUCUUUCCCCUCUCUCUCUCUCUCUCUCUCUCUCUCCCCCAGAGGAUGGCAGAGCUGUGUCGGGAACGGGAGGCCCAGGCUGACUCAACCAUGGGGCCCCUGGGUGGACGCAGCGAGGAGCCUCCACGAGGUCUGGCACUCCAGCUGGCAGACAGCAAGGCCAAACUCCGACGCCUCAAACAACAACUGUGAGUGUUUCUGAGAGCGUGAUUUUGUUUUUUGUUCAUGUGCAACCGAAAACUCAAGAGAACUUUUCAAAAAGUUAAGAAAAAGGUCAGCAUAAAAAUGUGUGCCAACUAUUUUGUGAGACCUUUCUUUACACUAAAUUGUGAAUCCAUGCUGACUAACUAUUGGAGGAAAUAAAGUUCUUACAACUAUAAUCAGAUUCAUUAGGUUUAUGAAGUUUAUACACAAUAAAGAAAAACCCUUUUGAUUUCUGGAGCAGCUGAUUUAUAAUAGAUAUGACAAAAGAAAUAUUGGUUUUAAACGAGGUGAUAUUGUUCUUUACGGUUUUAUGUUUUGCAUGUUUUUAGUGAAGAUAAAGGUGACCAGAUUUUGGAUUACGCACAGGAGAUUCAAACUAUGGAGGAACAGCUCAAGAAACUUCAGAAAGAGGUAAAGACAGUCUGAGAAAUCCCUUUUUUUUCAAUGUAGAGAGAUAUUUAAUCUCACAUAAAGCUUUUGCAAAUCAUAGACUGUAUAUUUGGCUCAAAAACAUCGCAUCACAGCCAACAGCACAAAACACAGGUGGCACUUAACAACCGAUAAGCAGAUUUCUCUGAGGUUAGGUAUUAAACAGAAAAUUGACUGCACACAUCGCUGCUGACUUCAGAUUUAACCAGAGGAACUUUGCUGAACUUGACAUUUGAAACACUCAGAAUCUAGAGAGAAGCUUGAGGCGAUAUCAGGGGUCAUUCAAAGUCAAGCACAUUCUGAUCGAAUAAAGCUGCCUUCAUUCCUCUAAUUGUAGUUUUGAUUAAUGUAAGAGUAAACCGAAUACACUCACACAUUAAGGCAGUGAAGUUAUGUUGAAAACAGGAUUUGGAGCUGACUGGUGCUGUAACAAAAUGUGCAUAACCCUUAUCUUUGUUUAAACUUAGACAUCUAAAAUAAGAUCAACUAUAAGAUUAUGUGAGAGAGAAGACUACAAAGUGUUGUCAUUGUCACACACACACACACGCACGCACGCACGCACGCACGCACGCACGCACGCACGCACGCACACAUCUUUUCUUUUUAUAUAAGACUCUGUCAACAUUUGCUUCACUGCACAUCCCAGAUCUUUUCACAACCAUCUUUGACCUCAUCCCCACUGGUAUAUAAAUGUGUGUGCGUGUGUGUGUGUGUGUGUGUGUGUGUGUGUGUGUGUGUGUGUGUGUGUGUGUGUGUGCAGAACCGUUCUCUUCAGGGGGAGGUGAGGGGCAUGCGUGCACUGCGGGACGAGCUGGACUGUACCCGAGAGCGAGCUGCGCGGGCCGAGCAGCUCCAUACUGAGCUUCAGAGCUGUAAGCACAGAUUGCGUAGCCUGGAGCUAACACGAACUCAGCUGAAGGUACACAACAGCCACACACACUCACACACACACACACACAAUGCAAACUUACAAGUUCCCACACAUACUUUUGAUCCAAUGAUUUUCAACUGAAAGAAAACAAGGAGCUAAGCAACAUCUACACAAUGAAAUACAAUUAUAUUUGUUUGUCAGUGAGAUGCAAGAAUCUCUCGUACAGAACAAAGACAAACCCACUGCGCAUGAUAACACCAGUCUCACUCUCCUUCACACAGCGACAGUGUGAUAAAAUCCUCUGUAGCGAAGGUCACAUCAUCAAGAUCGUCUCUUUUAUCCUCAGAUUGCUAUUGUGUUUUUAAAAAGACAUACAGCUUCACUUAUCCACAAAAGCGAUAAAUUUACUCCCACGGCCUUGAACAUUUCAGUCAUGAGUGAGUAUGAACAACUCUGAAGCUUGGAAAAUGAGAUUAUACUGUGUGAUAUCAUCUGGAUUUACUGCCGGGAGUUGCUUCGUUGACAAAGAGCAGAAGUAUGGCUUCAUUUAUUGGAGCUUUUACACCUAAAUGAGAUUUUUUUUCCGAGGUAGUAUAACUGCUGGGGAGCAGAAAAAGUGCUCAUAUCCUUGUAAAACAGCCCACAGUGUCCUCACUAUCACCUUCUCAGUCUUUUUUGAUAUAUUCCGCCUUCAUACUGCAUCCCUGUGACGGACCGAAUUAGCUUGCAGGAUGAGUGUUUCUCAUGUUUGGGUUUAGAAGUGAGUUUCACAAAUUCACUGUGAACUCUUGCGUGGUUGUCAAAACCAGAGGGCUGAUGUUGCAUGAAGAGGUGUUCUGUUUGAAAGUAAAACCAACUAAACAAUCCAAGUACAUCUUUGGAGUUAUUUUCAUAGUUUUGCCUGUCAUGUCUACGGAUAUCUGUGAGGAGGAGAAGAAGGCGAGACAGAAGGUGGCUAAGGGGGCAAAAACAAACAGCCAGGUUGAACAUUUCAGCGAGGUAAUAGAGAUAUUCUAGAUAGAUUGGUGGAAAGCUGUCUGAUCUUCACAUCUCUUGGUCUUGUCUGUGAUAUUUCCUGAUCUGAGAAAAAACUUUGUGACAAAAGAUUGAACAUAAAUACUAGAGAUGACGCUGAAGUUACAGGUAUAUGCCGGAGCACUGUCCAUUAUACUUGUAUGUUUUUCAUCUUGGCUUGUGUUGUCUCUGGGGGGGAUAAAGGGAGGAGACCAGUUACUCCUGUUACCAAGUUGUCUCAUUAGACCAGGAUGCAUCUUCAUAAGUUCUCUGGGAUUGUCAGUGUUCAAAGGAAUAGUUUCAGAAAUGUUCUUAAGGAAGACGAGAAGAUGAAAACCUCUCUGGUGUCGGGAUAGUUUUUAUAAAGCCUCCGCCAGCAGCUGGUUAGCUUCGUUUUGCAUAUACUGUAGGAGGGAGAAUAAUGAGCCUGGAACUGAAACACUCCGAUGUUGACUGAACAGAGACUUUGAGUGAAUAAAAGUUAAUGGAUGGAAAAUAAUGAAGAAGGAAUAGAUCAGAAAAUAUCUACAGAAAUGAUGGAGAUCGCUGAAACUUUAUUGAAUCUUGAAGGCUGUCUUCCUUUUUCAAUGCUUGGGACAUAUUUUGUUCGGUUCAGCAGCGUAACCUUGGUGUGAUGCUUAGACACAUGAAUAAUCAUAUGUUUUAACUUCUUCCUGUUUGUUUGUUCAUGGCGCCCCCUGCAGGAGCAGCAGCAGCUGUGUGCAGCACUACAGGAGACCAAAGCGCUUUUGGAAGAACAGCUGGCUGAUGCACGGGCGCGCUGCUCUUCACUACGGGAGCUUGAGAGGGACAAUCUUCUGCUGCGUCAAAGAAUUAUAGACGUGGAAGCGGUGGGGCAAUUUAUUAAUUUUUAUAUUUUUGACUUUUUGUUCCGUGGCUAUUUUUGUUCACGUUUUUGGUCAGAUACAUGAGGAAGUUACAUUUUUGGCAGGAUCUGAGUGUGGGUUUGAACCUCUGCCGCUAAAGUCAUAAACGAGAGUCCAAUAUCUUCCAAUAAUAUGCUCCCUUAAAGGGAUAGUCUGGCGUAAAAUUAAUUUAGGGUCAAACACACCGUAACACCGCGUUAGACACCCCCUCGAAAGAUGAAUAUUGACGACCAGUUAUACUGACUAGCUGCCGACUAGUUAUACCAACUUAAGUAACGACCACAUGAUAGCAACACACAGCGGUCUGAGGAGCCAUAAACAAACCUCAACCAAAACGCCACUCUAUUGCCACAAAUAAUGCUCAGAACAGCAGCUAACUUCAUCAACAGAGUGCGUGGCUCUCUGUCAUACUGUCCUGCUAUAUCUCGGGAGGGUGUCUAACUCGGUGUUACGUUGUGUCUGACCCUAAAGUGAUUUUAUGCUGGAAUAUCCCUUUAAAUGUGUUUCUGCAUGUGUGUGGGAAUAUUUCUGCAUAGGAGCGUGACACGGAAAGGCAGCGGGUUGAUGAGCUGCUGGAGAUGAAUAUGAGCCUCGAGGCGGACCUGAGGCUUGGCGGCAGUGGCGACAGCGUUUCUGCUGCAGUUCACCAGCCUUUCCUCCAAUCAGAACCAGACUCAGACGAGGAGCUAAGCAAGCUGAUUGGUCAGAGCGCCUGCCUUUUUGCACCUUGUCAUUUAAGACAUUUUAAUUAACUGAUAAGAGAGAAUAUGUUGGAGUAAUACAGGCCCUCAGGAUAUCAAUCAACAGUAACCGAGUAAACAUCUUCAUUUAUCCAUUUCUCUAUGGCUUUUAAGCGUUUUCAGGCCAGUCUUUCUCUCUCUCAACUCUUUCUCUCUCUUUCUCUCUCUGUUCAUGUCUUUUUUUUUCUUCCUACCCCUCCUCAGAUCAGAAGCCGCUGAGUGUGGAGGUGGGUGAGGCUUCAACACUUAGGCUGCUGGGAGCAGAGCAGGAGAAUGCAGAGCUGAGGAGACGGCUGGAGGAACUUCAGGCCCAACAAGAGGUCAGAGUCCAAGGGUUUGAUCAUUAUGACCCUCAGAAAUCAUCUCAAAGAGAUCAGCUCUCCAUGGUUAAGGCUAAAGUAGGUCAUCAGGAUCACGAACAGAGUUUGAUUAAAGACACGAGUGUGGAAAGUAUCGGUGAGAGGGAGACAAGACUGUGCUUGGUUGCACAUUUCCAGCCCUGCACUAUGUCAAGUCAAUAAAACAGUUUCUUCAUGCCUGUGGUCUGUUUAAUAUUUAAAGUGGUUAUCACAUCUUGGCAGAAAGAAACAUUUCAGCCUAUUAUGUGAAAUGUAAGUAGAUCCAGGUGUCAAGUUAACCAGGCAUCACCAAAAUCAGACAUUUAGUUUUUCCCUCUCUGCAUAUGAAACAGGAAAAGCAGGAAGCAACAGUUGACAGAACUAAACAUCCGUCUCCUCUCACUGCAGGCGGAUUCUCCAGAAGGAAAGGAUGAGCUGGCAUGCCUGGAGAUGGAGCAUCAGGACACGCUCAGAGAGGUGAGCUGAGGGGGAAAUAAAGACUGCCACAGGCUGAGUUCACUUCAGUCGUAACAAUAAUAAUUCCUGACCUGCUUUGUCAGGUACGAUACAAAGUGACAGCAGGUGCUGUUCUUUCCUUUGUUGUAUCAAGUAAAAAAAAAAUGCAGAAACUAUUUUUGUUUGUUUGUUUAAGACAGAAAGUUCGAUCAGAACUCGACUCGAAUUUCUUUUUAUAUUUAACUUUUUGUGGCAGUUUGUCUUAACAAACAAAUGAAAUACUUGAGAUGAUGAGUCAUUCACACAAAAACAUCCAACACUCUCUAACACCACAUGUGUUCACAUACUGUAUAUUUUUGGAUGUAUAUACAUUUGCCUACAACACACAUGAUAUCACAGUAAGCGCUGAAAACAUUUGUGCCUUCAUUUUAGUCUAAUACUAAUUAUAACAAACAAAUGAUAACUCAAAGGUUCGAAGCAUCUAUAAUUCAAACAUUUGCUUUUUAUUUUUUUUGCUGAUUCAUGUCAGUUUAUUCCUAUCAUACCUUAAUGAUGGUUGCUCUUUUAUUUUGAUUACAUGGUGAGCCAAAAUAAUAUCCUACAGCCCUGUGACUAUUUCUGGAUGUUAAUGUAUCAACAGUUGUCACACAUAACAAUAUGAAACCAAGUCUUAAUACUGAUCUAAUCAAAGGCAAAUAUGUUGCUUGGACGUACAUUUACAGCAGAUAUAUCAUGUGUAUUGCAGUAGCAAAGCAGAGUAGACUGUAUAGAUUUGUUGUUUUUUUGCACUGUUUACAUAUUGUUUAUUUCAGAUCAUGUUGUAGCUGCUGUCUGGUGGUGACCUUUUCCAUCCUGCCCUGUCUGAUCUGUUAAGGGUUUUCUGUGUUUAUUCAUGUAGAGGAGUGCCUCUGAUAUCAUCUUUUAUAACCAGCCAGCAGUUAUUUAAAUCGAUCUCCGGUUUCUCUGCCGGCGCAUGGCUGUUUUUCUGUUUCUCUUCCUUUUAUUAUUUUAGUUGCUCAUAUUGAACCUGGUUGCAGUUUGAGUAAGAUCGAGAGGUGGUUUCAGUCCUCUUACUCACAAUACAUUCAAGCUCAGUCAUGUUCAAUAGCUGGAAGGACAAAAAGAUGUGAAAAAGGGAAGAAAAUGCACAAUAUUUGGAAAGCAUUGAUGUUGCACUUCCAUUAUCCCUCUGUCAUACUUUUCAGUGUCAAAACCUGAAGAAUGAAAACGCCACUUUGAAGCAGAGCCUUGAACAGCUGGUGACUAAACUGCAACACCUUGAAGAAAAGAAGAAAGAGGAAAUGGUAAAGAAACAUGGCAUAGAAGAGGAGGGAGGCAAGGAGAAGGUGGAAAGAGGAGUACAGGGUUCUGAAUCCUGUAGAGAGGAGGGUGAAGGAAGAGUGAGAAUGACAGAGGAGAGGGAGAGGAGAGGAGAAAUCAUCGGGGCCCAGAGAGAGGCUGGAGUUGGGGAAGAGGUCUACCUUACACAAGGAGGAAACAGUGAACAGUGCAAUGAGGAGGUAGAAAUCAAAAGGAGAGGGGAGGCAGAGGGAGGGCAGAAAGACAGACAGAAACAGGAGAAAGAGAACGAAAUGAAGAAAGAAGAGGCUCCGGUAUCAACAAGACCAGAGAUCCAAAAGCACCCUGAACCAGUAGAAGAUAAUUCUGCUGCACACCAGACUGUAGGUUCCCUGUCUAGUGUCGAUGUGGAGAUUCUGACAAAGCAGCUUCAGGAGGCUCAAGAAGAGGCUGACAGGCAGGCAGUGGUGGCCCAGGACCUGCGCUUCAAGCUCGGGGAGCAGAGCAGAAAAACCUGGGAGGCUGAGCAGAGACUGGUGGUCCUUGAGGCCGAACUGCAGCAUCUAAAGAGGACUGCAGAGAGUCUGGGAGACGCUCGCAGACAGAUAGAGGUAUGGAUGGAUGGAUGGAUGGAUGGAUGGACGUAUGGAUGGAUUUUGAGUCACUUAAACAGAUUUUAAGUAAAAUCUUUUUUUUUAAUCUUGUGAGGGUUUAUACUUUCAGGCUCAUUGAUUGUACUGCUUUUUGAUCAUAAAAUUUAUUUGGAUUAUUGAAUUAGAAAUGUAUUGAUUGGGAAUCACACCCUUUAUUUCUCUACACUAAGAUGUAAGUUAUAUAAAGAUUUCUAUACAGAGCUUUUCAGAAACUUUUGACAGAGUUUAUGCCAAGAAAAAAACCCAUAAAUGAUCCAAAAACCUAACAUUUUGUGGAUGUGUCUGUUUAUGUAACCUAAAAAGGCAAAAAACACUUUUUCUGUAAAGACUAUAUUUAUGUUUGAUGUAUGCAAAUGCUGCCGUGGAAGUGAGUGGCAGCACCCUGGCAAAACAACCAUUUUGAGUUCUACUUUAAGUAUUACGAGAAAGCAAGAAGACAAUUUGCUGAAAAAAGAAUAUUUACACAUGUACAGUUAGACAAUGAUACACGAUAUUUCUUUGUCCACAGCACAGGGGGCACCAAAAUCAAUGCAAUGCAAAAAGUGCCACGCAGGACAUUAACAUACGUUAGUCCACAUUGAUGGAUACACAUCUCAGUAUGCUGCCAUUGUUCCUCCAGGCUCUUCAGUCAGAAAGUCUGGUUAUGGAGGAGGAGCUGUGCCGCCUACGGAGCCAAACAGAACUGCACAGGAUGCAGACCACAGUCAUUGCCACCCUGGAGGGAGAGCGGGCUGCACUGGAGAGAGACAGAGACACGCUCCGCAGCACGGUGGAUGCCCUGCGCACUGCCCAGCGGAAGGUUAGAGAGUACACAUGCACACACACAAACACACACACACUCAGACAGGCACUAUGCAGCUGUGACACCAAACAUUUUCAUGGCCAUGACAGAUGUCAUUUUACUUCAGGGAGGAUGGACAAGAGAGUUCAAAUGAAAUAGAGUUUUUAUCCGUAGCAUAAAUCCCCAGUGACACAAACUCAUUUAAUUUUAAAAAGCUGAUCUAAUUUUUUUUCUGUAAUCCCCUUAAAUAAAAUGUAACACACUGCAUUAGAUAGAGAUUUUUUUUUUACCAAAUAAAUGUGUCAUGCCUUGCACUCGUAUCUAAAAUCUAAUUAUGUCUCUGCACAGAGAAACUACUCUGCAGGAUUUGGAUGUUUAAACAUGAAGUAAAACAGAUGGAACAGGCUGCUCGACAUAUUUUACGGACCUUGCAUCGAGAGCCUGUUUUGACCUGCUAUUGAUAAUUAUACACAAGAAACAUGACCAAACCCACCCACCCACUCAGAGCUACCAGAGGUCACAGCGUGGGUGCAACUACUAAGAUUAAAAUGACCUUUUCAAAAACUUCCCUGCAGGAUGUAGACAUCUACUUUCUGGAAAAAAAGCGAUGCAAAAUCUUGUCUUAAAUGAGUUUUUUUUGCUGUAAAAUCGCAAGACAUUACAAAAACUGCAAGCUAAGGAGAAAAGCAGUGCAAAGUCAGCAUUAAGAAAUACUAUAAAAGGGAUUCAUGAAAACCUCCCAUUCAGAGAUCCUUGUGAUAUUGCAAUAUGCAACUGCAUUUCUGGGCCUCCUCCUCUCAAAGCAAAGCCCAUGUCUUUAUUAUGGAUGUUGUAUACGUUCAUGAUGUAAAUUAUACACACAUUUCUGCGAAAUACAUUCUGUGUUGGCAGAGAAAACAUGCAGCGAGUUGUUUCCAUGAAAUAGGAUUGAAAUAACAUUCAGAUUUCAGUGUUUUAGCAGUCCACUCAUCUGUCAGUGAAAGAACACCGUGCUGUUUGUUGACGCACUUUAAAGAUGUAUAAAUGCAUACAAAAAUGCUUUUCAAAGUAGAGGAAAAUUCCUUUAACAUCUGAAGACUUAUAAAAACAGUGUUACAAAGAAAGAACGGUGCAAUCCUUCAGAUUUAUGAAUAAUAGAUCAAACUGUUGUUGGACAUUACCACAGCCGGCAUCAAAAAACAAAAUUGGUCUAUUUUAUAGCGUGAUAAUUUACUUCACAAGCCUGAAUAGUUUCCAGUUAUGUUUGAGGUAGACUUUGUACUCUGACCACCAGCUUUAGAAGCUAGGGCAAAUUUAUGGAGAUUAUAAACGCUUGUGUUAAAUGAAACAUAAAGUGCACUCCAGUUCUUUCAGCUUAAGGGGUAAAUAAAACCCAAAUAAGAAAUUACAACUCAUCCACAUCCCUUUCUUUUUCUCUGCACCGUUCUUAGAUAAAAUGUUGUUUAUUUACUCAUUUCAUGCAGAAAAAAAAUGAACUUGUAGAAAUGUCAGAAAUAUUCAUUUGAAUUCUCAGACUCAGGAUCACCAGGGUUCAAAAGGAAAUACAUGAGGCACAGUGAUACCUAUGAGCUAUUCAUGAAGCUGUCUUUGAGUGCAGGACUUCAUCUUAGAAGAGAGCACCUUUUAAACUGCAGCUAUGCAUUUUUUACUGAAGAAAAGGAUCUAAUACUUCUUCCUAGACAGGGACUGACCCAUACCUACUUUUACUAAAGGUCUAAACCCCAUAAGAUACUUUAACUGAUUUCUGAUGGUCAAAAACUACAUGAAAAAUAACCAGAGGAGCCAGGUUUAGUGCCCACACACAGUCAGAAACCACUAGUUUCCCCAAACAGCUAAACUAGUUUACCCUCUGCAGUUAUUUUUGCCUUAGAUCAUCCAGCCUGAAACCACAAAUUAUGGCCAGAAAAUUCUAAUUUUUUUGGAGCUGAAAUGUUUAUUUCACUUACUACUAAAAAAACCAAAAAUAUCAAAAUGUCCUUAAAAUUUUGCAAAUAUAUUUAUUUAUCUCAUUUGAUACAUCAGAUGUUUUUGGAAACUGAUAAACCACAAGAGGACAUUUUUAUUUAUUGGACUGUGUUAAGGUGUUUUUUUUAGUAAUUUUUUAGUUUUAGUAAUUUGUUGAUCAUAUUGGUAGAAGUGUUAUAAAAGUGUGUAUCAAAUAUGAUACAAAAGGCAAAAAAGGGUUAAGGAUUAAUAAAAUCCCUGUUCUGUCCUUUACCAGGGUGACCAGUUAGAGCUUUCACUUCAGACUCUCAGGUCUGAGCUAGUAAGUCAGGGUCGAAGUUUGGAGACUUCUCGUCGUCGGGAGGAGGAGCUGGAGGGGGAGCUCCGUGAAGCCACAACUGAGGCUGAAUCCCUCGCCCGUGCACGAGACCAGGCACUGCUGGAGGCAUCACGGCUGGAGCAGGAGAAAGAGGUGUGUCAGUCGGAGCUGGAUGGCCAACGGAAGGAGGGGAGACAGAGAGAGAGGGAGGUGGGCAGGCUGAGGCAGCAGCUGGAGAGCACGACCCUGGCCCUGGAGCACAGCAACCAGAGAGCUCGAGCUCUGGACGCUGAACACAGGUUUGUACAUUUAACCUCCAUCAUGAGCUCAGACACGCAAUUAACUUUACAAGGCAGUGGAGACAGGUACUUGGCUGCAGCGUGCAUUUAUCUUUAAUGUCAACUUUAUCCUCACUCAGCCUGUGUUUGACCUCUGCGUGUGCGUGUGUGUGUGUCCAUUUGUGCGCAUGCAGACGUGUGUGUCAGCAGCUGUCUGAGUCCAAGGAGCUUUGCACACAACUGCAGGACCUGAAGAAAGAGCUCAGCACUCAACUGACCAGCAUGGAGGAGGGUAAACAGCACCUGCAGGAGCAGUUUGCAGAUGCUCAGGUCAAGAUUACCUCGCUGUCCAAGGUUUGUGUGUGUGACCUGGUAGUUAAGUUACCGACAAGAGGGAUUUAAGGAAUAAUUCAAACAUAAACAGCAAAAAUGUCCCUUAUUAACUGAGCUUUGUUCCUGUUGUAUAAUCUCAUGGUAAAAAUAAUGUCUUAGUGUCUGCAUUGUACUUAUUUAGUGUGUUUAUUUGGGAUAAUUCGUUAAACCUCAGGGUUUGCAGUUUGCAUACAAAAUUGGCAAGAUUGUUUAUUGUCUUGAUAAACACAGUUUUCCCACAAUGCAUUGCAGAAGGGAAAUGAAGACAUGUUAAAAAAGAUUAAGGCCAAAGGAAUACAAUUCUUACUGGUGCUUCUUUCUUGUAGUUCAUUGUUAUUGGCUGUCCCAGUUUUAGAGACACCUGCCUGUAAAGUGCAGUGUAAUGUGGAAGACAGUCAUUUAAAAAAACUUACAAGUCUUAUCAACCUUUAUUUACCACACUUUUAGUCUUCUUAAAGGGAUACUCAGGCGUAAAAUUAAGUUAGGGUCAAAUACACCGUAACACCGAGUUAGACCCUAACCCUGUCAAGAGAUGAACGUGUUCGACCACUUGCUUUAGUAACGACCGCAGGAUAGCGAUACACAGCAAUCUGAGGAGCCAUAAACGAACCUCAACCAAAAAGCCACUCUGUAGCCAUAAAUAAUGCUCAGAACUUCAUCAACAGUACAUAUAGGGUCCCAGCCAAAGCCACCAAACAUCUUUUAAGUUUUGCCUGAUUUCUUUAGCAAAGAGACUAAACACAACUCACCUACUCUCUUCCAGCAGCCGCUUGUUUGUACAGAGACCUCCAGGCGAGUCCAUCAACUGCAGCAGGGUGACGCAGCUCAAUGAAGAACAUUUAUGAUCAUGACUUUAUCAUUUCCUUGAAGUAAUAAUUAAUCAUUUUGCAUUUUAGACGCGGUAGUUCUUCUGCCUUAGCGUCUCAGUCUGAUCACAUUUCCACGAAGAAAUGAUCUUAAAUGUUCUUCCUUGAGCUGUAUGUACUGUUGAUGAAAUCAGUUCUGUUCUGACCAUUAUUUGUGGCUAUAGAGUGGCGUUUUGGUUGAGCGCAUGGCUCUGUGUAUUGCUAUCGUGCGGUCAUUACUGAAGUUGGUAUAACUAGAGAAGCAAGCGGUCGGCAACAUUCAUCUCUCGACGGUGUGUCUAACUCGAUGUGACGUUGUGUUCGACCUUAACUUAAUUUUUAUGCCGGAAUAUCCCUUUAAAGAAUCCAUAACACAACAAAAAAAUCUGAUAGUUCUUUGUUAACUUUAUCAGGUUGACACUUUUACAUGACAUUUGUUACACAAAGAUAUUCCCAGUUUUUUCCUGACAUUUUUUGUCUUUAAACACUGUGUUUUCUUUCCUUUGCAUAAGGAACUAUCCGAGGAACUGGCACAUGCUCAGAAACUUUCUGCUGAAGUUGAAGACCUGAACAAGAACCUACAAAAAGCUGAGGAUGAACUUAAGACGACAAACAGUUUACUCGACCAAUCACAGGAUAGAAUCGAGUCGCUCUCCCAGAGCCUGAGGAAGAGUGAAUCUCUCCUCCAGUUGGAGAAGAGCCGACAAAGUGCUGAGAUUGAUGUGAUGUCUUAUUCAAAUUCAGACUCUUCCAACGCAACACACACCAGUCCAACACACACAAAGGAGACUUCACAUUUGGAUCAAUCCUCAGAAGCUGGCAAAGGUCACAACCUUUCGGUUCCUCAUGAGGACGCCUUAGGAGAGACUGAGCGGCAGCUGAGUGAGAGGCUGACAGAGCUGGAAAAGGAGGUGUGUGUGGUUUAAUAUAAUCCUGGGAUGGGUAUCUGUGUAUGUGUAUGUGUUAGCCUUUGAAUCUAAUUUACAGGAUUUCUGUGUAGUUCAGCGCAACUUCUGUGUAAUGGAGGUGAUUUGUAUCUAUAUAUGUUGAAAUUCUGGCUCCAGGGAUGCCUGACGAUUAUCAGCUCAUAGUAGGCCUCUGCUUCUCUGAGUGCAGCACUUUAUUUCCAGAAACUGUUGCUCUAUCUGUGCUCAUCAGUUUUUAUAAUGUCACCUCGGCUACUCUUAAUCUGUCUUAUCUUGUCUCCUCUCUGGUACUGAGGAUUUUUCUCUUUUCGCUCUCACACACACACACACACACACACACACACACACACACACACACACACACACACACACACACACACACACACACACACACACACACACACACACACUGAACCAUGUAUAAGUGCCCACAUGAAGCAAGAGUAGGCAUCUCCAGCACUGCCAAGGUCAGGAUUGUUUUUAGCUGGGAUGGUAACGCAUUAACACAGGCAGUUCUAGGUUUGGAUGGACGUAGCAUGACACUAACAUUGUAUGAUUUUGAUAUUUGUAAGAUGUUUUAUCAGCCUGAAUCUUGAAGAAAAACUAAAGGGUAAUGAGUGUUACUUGCGGACAAAAGUUCCAUAAAUGUCCAGAAAUAUCAUCAAGAAAAUGUCCUAAAAGAAGCUAAAGUAGAAGAAGGUAUGUACUAAGUAAUAUGCUGAAUUAGGUUAUGUAUCUUUACACAUUGAGGUGGAUCUGGUUUUCCCUCCUUUUUUCAGUUCUUUAUUUUAGUCAAGUGUCUUCAAACUGUCAAAAAGGGUCACAACAAGUUAAUCCUAAUCCCGGGGGGGUCACGGCAGGAUUAACGGGAGAGCAAAGACGAGGAAUAGAAAUCCUGCUCCCCAUACUUGUAGUCAUUUUGGACCUCUUUUUCUUAUCUUAGCCCCCCUUUCUUUGGGAAAUACUUGAUGAUUUGACCCCUUUAGCCUCAAACAGUAACUUCAGUUAAAUCACCAGAAAAGCUAAAAGGUAAAGAAGUGCCUCAAGGGAACGAGUGGAAAUCAGCCGACCAAACAUUGCUUUUCUAAAUGGUCAUAAGGUUGUUUUGUGAGAGUAAAAUCAUAUUCUCUGUGCCUAAAAUGUGCGUUUGAUUCAGCACUGGAGAGCUCUGCAUAUUUACCUUCAACUACUGACACUAGUGGGAAGACGUACCAAUAGAAAAAGCUGAAAAAAUCUAUAAGAGCUUUUGAAAGAGGUAGAAAUCCCAGAUGUAGCAGUAUAAAUGAGCCAAUUGCUGUACUGAAAGAACUAUAAGAAUCCAACAUAAAGGAAAAAAGAGCUCUGCUGCUACAAAACUGAACUCCAGACCUUUGAAUGACUUGCAUAUGAAACACGUCGUUGUGUCAGUACCUGCAGAAAUGGUCUGAAAAUGUAUAGUUCUGAGUGUGUGCUGAGUGUGUAGUUGGUCUUCUAGUGCGGCAAGCUUGUUUUAAAGGGAUAUUCCGGUGUAAAAUUAAGUUGUGGUCAAACACACCAUAUCACCGAGUUAGACACGCCCUCCAGAGAUGAAUGUUGCCGACUGCUUGCUUCUCUAGUUAUACCAACUUUAGUAACGACUGCACGAUAGCAAUACACAGCGGUCUGAGGAGCCAUAAACAAACCUCAACCAAAACACCACUCUAUAGCCACAAAUAAAGCUCAGAACAGCACCUAACUUCAUCAACAGUACAUAUAAGGUCCUAGCCACAGCAUUGAUUGCAUUUCCAUGAAGAAAGUGUCUCAGACUGAGACGCUAAGGCAGAAGAACUACCGCGUCUACAAUGCAAAAUGAUUAAUAUGAUGAUUAUUACUUCAAGGAAAUGAUAAACAAAUGAUCAUAAAUGUUCUUCCUUGAGCUGCAUCACCCCCUUAUAGUCCGUAAUGGACUGGCCUGAGGUUUCGCUGCAAACAAGCGGCUGCUGGAAGAGAGAAGGUGAGUUGUGUUUAGUCUCUUUGCUAAAGAAAUUAGGCAAAGUUAAAAAGAUGUUUGGUGGCUAGUGCUGUGGCUGUGACCCUAUAUGUACUGUUGAUGAAGUUAGGUGCUGUUCUGAGCGUUAUUUCUGUCUAUAGAGUGGCGUUUUGGUUGAGGUUUGUUUAUGGCUCCUCAGACCGCUGUGUAUUGCUAUUGUGUGGUCGUUACUAAAGUUGGUAUAACUAGAGAAGCAAGGGGUCAGCAACAUUCAUCCCUCGAGGGGGUGUCUAACUUAGUGUAAUAAUUUCACGCUGGAAUAUUACUUUAAUUUCAGAUGAAGAGCAGAAAAUUUUCUAAUUUGAGUUAUUUUGGUCUUUUAAUGUGGAAACAUACUUAUAGCGACAUGAUCAACAAAGCACUAGAUUUGUGCAAUCAAGAGUCACAAAAGUGUGCAGAUAUACUGAGUGGAUUAUUCUCAAUGGCUGAGCAGAGAUUUCACAGACUAAAUUCUGGCAGCGACAAUAAACAACAGACAGGCUCUGGAGAAAUCUAUUUUGAAGCUCCAAUGUUCUCUAUUUUUGCAUGCAACACCAAGGAUGAAUUUCAUCUCUGCAUUUAUAGAUUGACGCAAAUGUCAUACAGCUGCUACCUGACUGGGAGUGCUUUAAAAGGUCAGCUGCAGAUUCAGAGUGCAAACAGUAUGAAUAUUUCCUGCGGUUUGUCCUUCCAGAGGUAGCAUUGCCUCUGAGUGCUGCUGUACAUUGCUCUGACUGCUCAUCUCAAUAUGAUUUUGCUCCUUCUCAGAAAGCAGUGGCGGUAGCAGCACAGGAGGCUUUGCUGACCCGGUUGUCCCAGUCCCAGGAGGCCUGUGAGCACCUUAAGGAGCAGCUAGAGGCUUUGCGCAGGCACUCCCUCAGCCUGCAGGACUCCUGCACUCAGCUACAGACACUGAACACGCAGCUUCAAGUGAGUCUAGUCAGGGAUAGGUAGCAGUAAAGCAUCAAAAACCCAUCAUAAGUCUUUUGUAUUAUGUGAUUUGUUAGCUUGUUAUAUACAGUGUUUUCUUUCUUGACUGACACACCAACAGGUUGAGCAAGCAUCCCUAAACUCCCAGCAUGCAGCAGCUCUGGCCCGCUGUAGUGAGAGCGAGGCCCGAUGUGCGGCCCUGGAGGCCGAGUCGAAGGUGUGGGCGCGGGAGCGUGAGGAGUCGGUGGCCAGGAUGGAGGCUCUGAGACGGGACCACGAGCGGAUGACGGUGCUGCAGCAGAGACAGGAGGUGGAGCUGGAGGAACUGCUGGACAAACACUCACAGCUGAGAAGCAACAACCGCAGCCUGGAGGCCCAGCACAGGGAGCUGGAGGCAAGGUACAAAAACACUGUCUGCAUUCAUUAAACCCUUUGAUGAGUGUGCAAAGAUGGGACUGUGACUGCAGAGCAUUUCCGCCCGCUUUCUUUCUUUCUUUGAGGGCUUUUAAAAAAAUGAAAAUGUACCCAAGAUCAACAAAAUAAUCCACCAACACAACUUGAAUCCUGCUAGGACACGCUCCUUUUCCCUCCUGUCAUACAUUUGAAGCCACAUUUCUUUUUCACUGGAUGAAUGUUGUGUUUGUAAUCUGAAGGUACAAGGAGAUCCUGGACAGUAAAACCCAACUUGAAGAGCGGGAGCAGGAGAUAAAGAUGGAGAGAGGGGAGAUGGAGGCAGAAGCCCAAAGGAGACUGGAGACAGAAAGAGAGCUGAAGAGGCUGAAAGAAGACAGUGAGAGGUGAAAAAAUAUGCUCACAACUCAUCCUCCCCAGAAUAACAUUCAUGAAAUCUCAUUAACUUUCACUGCUCUUCUCUCACUGCAUACACACCAUUUGAAUAUGGGGAGAAAUCCAGGAAUCGGUCUGAAUGCGCAUGCAAAAUGUUUCCUGUUCACUGAGUUUGUGCUGAAAGAAGCAGCUUAGAAAUAUUAGGAACAAAACAAGGAAAAAGAGGAAAAGAUGUAUUUAAGCUUCAGACCGGGCUUGGUAAGAUUUCUGGUAAAAAGUGCCUCUUACAGUUUAUCCUCAUAUAACAUGACCAUAUCUAAAACUUCACUGUGGUUUACAGUGAGUAUGACAACAGGUUUUUAUCGCAGAAAUGAUUACUAACUUAACGUAUGAAAGUAUGGAAAUAGAUUUGAUCAAUUUCCUGGUCUUAAAUGGUAUGGAAAAUGAAAAGUUAAGUAUGGUUCUAAAAGUUCUAAAAUACUGUUUUCUAAAACAGAAAAGUCGGUAUUUCCAAAAAUAAUGCUAAAAUUCUAGCGUAUGGAAAUUCAAACUGUGUAGGAACCCUGUAUAUGUCACAUGAUGGGUUAUCAAGAUGCACUAUGGGAAACAUUUUGGGUGUCAGAUGUCUGACAACACGUAAAUUAAAUGCUGAAGAUAGAAUGAACCGAAGAUUAGACAUGCAGAGUCAUGUAACAUUUAACCAAAACCGUGUAAGAAACACUACUGCAGAGUAGCAGCGCUGCAGCAAACAGCAGAGAAACCAAAUCAACAGCUUGCUGGUAAAUAAAACGGAGCAUUUAACAGCUAAAGAGCAAGUAUGUCCCUCAGGAGAGACUGAGGACUAAAACAGAUAACAGAGGGUGAAUAUUGGACUCUAGAUUAAACGCUUCUCAGGGUGAACGGUAAUGUUGCUCUGUAACUGAAGAUGUUUAAGUAAGAGUCUGUUUAUAUGGAGUUUGAAGGUAAAGCAGCAUUAAUGAUGUGUUUCACUGCCACAAUUUUAAAGUAAAUAAACGUGUGAUUUAAGGUUUAGAGAAAAACGAGCUAAAGAUGAAAUGUUAAUAACACGGCUGGUGUUUUUGUUAAUCUGCUAUGGUGUUAUUGUCUGAUUUUGGACUGUCAGUGAGUGAAAAGGAGACAUCGAAAGAUGCAAACAUGUUAUCUUAAGACCAUGUGGUUUAUUGACCCUUGUAUAAAGAUUUGUACAACAAAAAACUUUAAAAACAUGAAAUACAUGAAGGGAGAGAAGGGAAGUGUCUGAUGAUCAACACUGAACUCAUCAAAUUCCUUCCACAGUUAUUGAAAUGAGUUUUCUCUAAUCAUUACUAUCAUCACAAAAUGAAGGAAAUUGGAUGUUUUGUUACGACUCAAACGUCUUUAUUGUGAGUAAUGAUCUAAAACUGUUCGAUUCAGUCGUUUUAUGUGAGAGGAUGUCAGAUUCAUGUGUUGGUUGUUGUCUGGCUUCAUGAAAACUGUCCAUGUUGUGCAAUAAAAUAACAAGAGCUCCAGUUAGAGAGGAGUGACCAAACAAUGAUCCACAGAAACAAGAAGUUAAGCCUGUGUGUGUGUGCGCGUGUUUGUGUGCAUGUGUGCAUGUGUAGGCUGCAGGCCCAGCAGAAGGAGUGGUUGGCGUCACAGGCGGAGCUGCUGGCUCAGGGCUCGAUGCUCAGGGGGGAGCUGAGCGCCUCCCAGCUGGAGCGGACACGGCUGGAGGGGGAACUCAGCGCCCUGAGGGAAACCAACCAGAACCUGGACCUCAGCAGUGCCCGUCUCACCAGCCAGUACCAGGUAUUAACCAGAUGCACACACAUAACAGUGUUUUAUCAACAUGUACACACCUGCAGACACACACAGGUGUUUUGUAUUCAGGCGGCCAACUACUGACAUGCAAAACAGGGAUUUAGUGCUUCACGGUGAGGACACCCUCUUGAAAUAAAAGGAAAAAAAAGUAUUCAGGGCAUUAUUGGGUAAUUAAACACACUUUAGUAAAAAUUGAUUGGAGGUUUUAGAGAUUGUUUUACAUGGCUAUGGUCAGGGAGGAACAACUAUCUACUACUUCAUAUCACGAGUGAGGAGCUAUGAGAGGCUUUUUCCUAUUCCUUGGUUUAAAUCCAAUUUCAUCCUUCUACCAAAAAAAAAGAAAAGAUGAUUUAUUGAGCUAAACAGAAAAUGAAUACCAAGUAGGUCAUAAGAACCAGGGGAAUCUUUACAACAGCUUCAUUUUCUUCCCACUGCCGUCAAAACAGGCGCUGAAUAUUUAAGAGAAAAAAAGUCAGGAUGCAAAACAGUCUUUUCUCGUCGUCGGGAUAAAACUGGAGAUUAGAUCUUGCUUCAUCAUCAAAUUGAUCAUGAAAUCAAUCCUGAAUCAAAUGACCUUUUUUAAAGUAGCCAAGACCGUUGUGGUUAGAUUAUUUUUGAUUCAGAACAAAGAAGAAGAGGAGGCUGUUUCACAAAUUUACUGCAGGAUUCAAGACAUGACUGAAGCAGAUGAUUUUCUGGAUCAAGUCGUAGCAACAUGUUUAUGAUUUUUAGUUCAUUCAGGGAAGUUUUUUAAGUAGAGUUGGGCUGAAUCCACGUUACCUUACCACGUCUCUGUUUCACAUACUACCACCUUGAAUUUAUCUAAAGUCUAGAUUGAACAGACAGCUCAUGUUUAAUACACAAUUCUGAGUAGCUGUUUCUCUGUGUUUUUAGUCUUUGUGAAAGUUCAUCUCUAAUCACCUGCUGAUCCAAAGCAGCUUAAUAUCUAACAGAUGUAGGAUUGUAAAUGUUCUCAUUCAAAUACCUGCAAAACAUGGACAUAUUUCUCAAAACGUGGAAAGACUUCUUUUAAAUGCUUUUUUUUUGUAAGAGUUCAAUCAAGAUUAAAAGUGGCAUUCACCUUUUUCCCCCCAGAAAUGUAUUUUUAUCAGCAUUUAUCCAUGGGAGCCACACUAGACGCCUAAUUGGGUCCCUGAAAACUCUACAUUGAAUACAUCAGUUUAAAUUUUAGAAAUCAGACGCCCGGGUCUCUCAUUAUGCUGUUCUGCAGAAGGAGAGCAGAGAGAGGGAGAGGCAGUGCUUCUCUUUAAUCCAAAGUUCAGAAUCGAGCCUGUCUGGUCUCACAAUUAACCUGUUGCAGCCUCUGGUAUAACUGACGGGGCUGGACUGGACAGCACUGAGACUACAAAGGCAAAAAAAUAAUUGGAAAGAGAUUCACUGAAAGACAAUUAGGAUGACUGUUCAUUCAAGGCUCCAAUGUAGCUUUUGUUUAAGUUUGACAAAAAGAAAGAAUAUUUGUGGUUUAAAGGCUUUUUUUUUUUUUGCUUUAAUCAGAUACUUUAAAGCUUAACAUGCAGAUUUUUUUUGCUUUUCCCUUCUUCAUUGUUUCAUGUUGACCUUGUUUGUUGUUCUGCUAGCGGCUGAAUGUCAUUUCAGAUGUGGGUGGUCAGUGUUGGUAAAAUCUUUGUCAGUUUUCCUCAUCAGCACUUAAUCCUUUCAGUCACCAUCUCUUUCUUUCCUUGCACCACUGGCAGUUACAUCUUGAUUUUGCUCCUUUUACUAAACUGAUGCAUUCAUUAUUACGGACCACUUUUAAAAUAGAUUGACUUUGAUCAUUGAAUAUUAAUUCUGCUGUAAAUGUGUACAUAAAUACAAACCAUCAAACUGUGUCUUAAGAGUGCAGUCAUGGAUGUUAAAGAAACAUUCAUAAAAUAGGCAGAGAGGUUUGUUUACAGAGAUAAUGAUGUAUUUAUGUUCCAUUAAAACCAUAUUUUUAAUUGAUUACACGUUCACAGCUGUUGACUCAGCUGAAGGGGAACAUGGAGGAGGAGAACCGACAUUUAGCAGAGCAGAACCAGAGCCUGCUGAAGGAGAACCGGGCCUUACUGGAGCAGAGCCUGGAGCGCCGGGACCAGCAUUACUCACAGCAGAAGGAGUACCAGUCAGUACACACACACACACACACACACACACACACACACACACACACACACACACACACACACACACAAUCACACACACACACACACACAAACCUGGACUUGCACACAAUCACACACACACAUAUUCAUGGUCACAGUUUUGGAUGUAGAGUGAGUUUGGUAAACCCAAUAUCAUUAAACCUAGUUUACUUAAAAGGCAGGUUAGUUACUAUGGCAACAUAUGCUCUGAAUCUGACUUGCUUUCUGGCAGGUUUUCCUGCACAAAAACAGAGUUCCAUAUUUCUUUCUUUCUUUCUUUAUCUCUUUUUUCUUUCUUUCUUUCUUUUUUCUUUCUUUCUUUCUUUCUUUCUUUCUUUCUUUCUUUCUUUCUUUCUUUCUUUCUUUCUUUCUUUCUUUCUUUCUUUCUUUCUUUCUUUCUUUCUUUCUUUCUUUCUUUCUUUCUUUCUGUCUUUCUUUCUUUCUUAUUUCUUUCUUUCUUUCUUUUUUCUUUCUUUUUCUUUCUUUCUGUCUUUCUUUCUUUCUUUCUUUUUCCUUCCUUCCUUAAUUUUUUUUCCUCCCGUUUAACCUCCCACUUUCUCUUCCCAUCUCCUCUGUCUGUCUUAAGCACACAUUGAUGCACAUUUAAGUUUGGCUCUUACAUCUUUGUACACAUCAAAGUCCUGGUUGUUCAUUACAUUCAAGCCUCUGGACAAAAACUAAAUCACUAGCUUGUAUGAAGAACUUGUCAUAUAUAACAGAGUCAGCCAUCAGCAAUUGACUCAUCUUCUGCCUAGGGAAAAAUGUGGAUGUAACAGUCUGUUCAUACCCAGCGAAUAAAAGCACUUCUUCAUUGUAAAGGUUUAAUGCUGGAAGAAAAUAACUUUACAGUCCAGCAGCACCCAGCAGUCAUCCUUUUAAAUGACUUACAGACUGGUAACAGAUUAAUCCAGAGCUAACAGUGAUCACGCAGAGCUGACUUCACCAUUUAUGUCUAAUGAGCCAAAUUGCUCCUACACCUCCAAUUCCUUUUGCAGGUUAAUUUAAGACACUCAUUCUUUAAACAAGACUGCUUCAUAUAGACAGUCUCCGCUGAUUUUUCUGUGAAAAUGUUCCUAAUAAAUAAUCACAUUUUAGUGCUUUACAGGACAUAUUCAGUUAAGCACCCUGCUACAUGUGAGAAACAGUAAGGCUGUGCAGCAAAUUCACGUUAAAAGGUUUCUGUGUAGAGCCAUAGAAAUGCAUUAAAUAGGUUGAUUGUAUAAAACAGUAUGGAGUGGUUUAGAUGAAAAGAAGGAUCUAUGCUUCAAAGGGUGCAUGCUUUAAGAUGAAAACAAAACCAGUUUUGAAAUAUUAAUGGGAAAAAAAAAUCUGUUUUGCAAAUGAAUUACAUGUGUGGCCUUCGGGAAAUGAACAGUUCGGCUUUGUGAGACACAACAGUAGUUCACCUCACAUUGCCUCACUGUGCAUUUGUUCUUUUUUUUCUGUGUCCAUAUGUAGUUUUUUUCUUAAUGUGUAGCUUUAACCAAAGAACUGGAGGAAAGACUGUGGAGGUCUUUGUUCUGAGGGACACGGAGUCAUCACCUGAUAGCUGUUCUCCUCAGCUUUUCCAAGUGUUUGUCUGUGUCUCAGCUAACUACUUUUGAUUUGAACGCUUUUAACAAGCAGCUGGCACUUAAAAACCAGCUGUGUGUCUCCUCACCAUAACUGUUCUGGCUCAUCUCAAAUUGACUUAAAAUUCCCAUGUGUGGGAUUUUUUUUUAGCUGAUCGCAAAAGGCAGAAACCGUCCUGACAUCAUCCUGAAAGCAGCACACUCAUAAACACAUCACUAGCAGCCUAAUCGAGGGAUUUAUGCACUGCUAUCAUCUGCAACAUCUGGGUGUAUUGAUGUUAUUUUGUUGUUAAAAAAUGUUGGCUUGCAGUGUUAAAUCUGUAACACAUUAUGAUGACUGACAUGGCUAGAAUAUGUUUGAUUACAGGGACACGAGUGUUUAUUGUAAAAAAUGUGAAAUACCUGAUGUAGGAGCAGUUUUUUUAAAAUGCUGCUAAUUUCACUGGUAACCUGCAGCACAGAAAUGAAAACCUGCUCAGCUUUUACUCUGAAUUGAACCACUUGACUUCUUUAGCUAAUAAAUGUUUAAACAGAGGGCUGUUUUUCACUCAUAAUAGGUUAUCAUAAUAGCAGCACUGUAAUGAAAAGAACUGGGGCCGUAUUCCUAAAGAUUCUGAGGGCAAAGUUCCUCCUAGUGGCCAAAUUCUAAGAAAAUUAUUUGAAACAUGAUGUUUGUGGUUGAUCUCAUUAGAGAUGCACUUACUUCUCCAACCCAACAACACAAUGUAAUACCACCCGAAAUGAAAGCCAACCAACACUGUGUCUCAUUGGUUGGUCAAUACUGUGCAAUGGGCCUAAGCUUUCACACAUUUUGUUAGAUAAUUUUAAAGUAUAACUUACUAUUUAUUUAACAGAUAUUUUCUUUUAUGUGAAAUAUUAUUUACAAUCACACAGUCUUCAUAAGAUCAGAUUCAGUUAUUAAGUUCAUUGAUUUGAAGGUCCAUCCUUUGCCAAUUAUCACCAAAAGUACAUUUUUAUGUAGCUUUAGGCUCAACCAAUCACAGCUUUGGAAAUGAUGACUCAUAUAUCUAGCAACAGGGUCAACCACACCUCCUCACAUAAAUAAAAGUCCUGGAAUCACUCCUGAACAUAUGCUGCGUUUGAGUUACUUUGGAAGUCAGAUGUUGGAGCUGAAAAUGACGUCACGCCCGAGUUCCCAGCAUUUCAGUGGCCAAGUCGGAAAAAAGCGAAAUCGGAGGCGGAAACAAGAUGGCCGCCUCCGAUUUCGCUUUUUUCCGACUUGGUCACUGAAAUGCUGGGAACUUGGGUGUGACGUCGUUUUCAGCUCCAACAUCUGACUUCCGAGGGAACGCGAACGCAGCAUUAGACUCCUUGUUAGGAGUUUUUAGGUUAAGUUAGGAGCUCUCUGAUUGGAUUCUCAGAAUCUUUAGGAGUACGGGCCCUGAUCUUUUAAAAACCUUUUGAAAACUGUUUUUCUCUUUAGAAAAGCUUUGUUGAAACUCAGCAGACUCCCAGAUCAACCCCCUUCCUGCUGAUUUAUUAGAUUAGUUUUAAACAUCUGAAGGUCUCAAGUUAAGAAUCAAAGGUGUACAGCGCACUUUUAAGAUAGUUUAUCCAAACGGGAGCAUUAACUCCUGUGGCUUAGGCUAUUUGAGCAGAAAACACAGGAGUCUGUCUUUAGCCAAGUGAACUGUGGUGUGGUUUAUUAAAAAUGAAAAUUUAAUCCAAGUAGCAGCAGGAUACAAAUCCGAACAAUGUUUCAGGAGGGUGAAUGUUAUUAUAUCAAACCCAGAUGUGUCUGUUUCUUAUUCAAACAAGCUUUUAAAAAUAUGAACGAGGCUCAGUGAGGUUUAGUGAUUGUAGCCGAGGAUCAUAUUUUCAUACAUCUCUGUAUGAGAAUGACAUUACAGUCUAAUUAACGUGCCAGCUGAAAUGAUAUUAUGUGCGGACCCAAACUCACCAUUAUCAUCACACCACAUUUCUGUGAUCCUCCUCUAACAUUUAUCACCUUAUGAAAACAUUUUACAGACAUCUCAGAUCUGUAAUCUCUCAGUUUUUUCCCUAAAGACAUAUUUUGAAGACCUUAGAGUGCAAACGACAGUACAGAGGUCAUUUGGUUUUCAAAAAUCUCAUCUGUUUUUGUUGAAGAAAUGAUGAAGAGCCCUUGCAAACUAAUGUUGCCAGAAAUGUUGUGUCUCCAGAAGGCCAGGGCAUAGAGAUGGGUCUUUUAUAAAAUAGAUCCAAGUGUCCUUCAACAGUUUCCUCCAGCUCCAGACCUAUUUUACACAUUUAAUAGUGUUGUGUUCAAAGGUAAGUUUUGGGCUGUAUUUGAAACACUCAGAGGAGGGUUUGGACGAGCUAACAGACAGACACAGAAAUAAUAAAAAAUAAAUAAAACCCUCCAUCGCUCACCAUCGUAGCUUUGUGGGUGGCCAACAUUUACUAAUUAGUACAGAACACAUGGUACAUCUGAAGCUGAUGGAUGGUUGUUAAAUAAAGUCUGGGGAGGUUUUAAAAUCAUCCUGCAGGGGAAAUGAAAGUCUAUCAAAUGUCUCUACAAUCCGCCUCAUUGCUGCAGACAUAUUUGAUGCUGUGUCAGAGUUUUGGAGUACUGACAUUGCAGUCUGUAGAUCCAUGCUGUUAAUAGUGAGGAUUUUCGAAUUAAGUUUCUGAAAAUGUUGCUGCUGUAAAUGUGUUUGUUUUUGUUUUCAGUGUGUUAUAGAUCCGGCCUUGUUACAGGAUUCAAGCAAAAACAUGAAUCUGCGUUAAAUCCGUUCAGUUCAGCAGCACCUCUCUGUGUGGUCAGCCAACCUUUCCAAGUUCAUGUUGAAAACGCUUUCUUUCUUUAAUCCAAUCAUGUCAUGUUGUUCUUGUGGGAUUGUCAUCAGAACCAAGCUGACCAAAAAGGGUAACCAGCAGACAUUACCGUCACCAGACCUGUGCGGCCUGCAGGGCUGCAUACUGACCAUCACUCACCUCUCAUAACCUUUCCCCUGCCUGCAGCUGUGUCAGUGACCGGCAGUCGGCUGCUACCAUCACUGACUUUGUGUUCAGGCGUCUUACAUUCAGCAGGUUUUUCUGAGCAUUCAGGCUGUCUCUUUUGAUACUGUCCUGCUUUAUAUUUGUCCACACUGCAGCUCAAAUCCUGAACUCUCUGCUCCCAAGCGUCAAACUAACAUGAACAUCCGUAAACAGACUCUGAUGGGCUGCUUUGAAAAGAAAAAUCUAGUCCUAACAUCACAGCCAGAUCUGUUUAAGAAAUGGCCUUAGUUUUACACUAUCAGAGACAUUACAUCACAUUGUCAGACUGCUUAUACUGAUAAAAGAUUUGUGAAAUAAAUCAAACCGUUUAAAAUCCUCAAUCCUCCGUCUUCUUCUGAACUGCUCUUGUGUUUUUCUUCAGGGAGAAGCUGAGCGAGCUCCGUCGGGAGAAGCAGAAGUUGGUGGAGAAGAUUAUGGAUCAGUAUAGAGUCCUCGAGCCCAGCAUGCCGUCUCCAGCCAGCAAAGCCAAGUACUGUAUAGAAGUAUUAUGUCUGUAUAUUUUCCCUUUUUUAGUUGAUUGCACCUCAUUACAGCACAGUAUCCCUGCAGAGUGUAGGGCAAUGUAUGUGUUUGUACAGCGUGGCUCAUUUUCAAAGAACCAAACAAAAAGACUUACAAAUGUGUUUUUGUCAAAUCUGUGCAGGUCUUGUUAGAGGAAUUUAAUGGACUCAUUGUUUAAAUUUUUAAUCCGAUAUGCCAUAAGAUGUUUCCAGUAUUUUGUUAGAUUUAGGCGAAACACCAUCAGCUACGAUAUGAAAUGGCAUGGUUGACGAUUUGAGAAGCAGUUGAAAAAAAACUGAGCCGUCGAGACAGAUUUGAAAAAAGUGUUCCACCCCCCACACACAAACCUCUCCCUUCUGUGCUCCACGAUAACUCCCCCCGAACCUGUAUCGCCCUCCCCACGACACACCCCUUCUGACUGAGCAGAAGCCGGCCGGCAGAAGAUCGUACGCUAGCUUCAAAUAGGAUUCACCAUGUUGGAUUGCUAGUGACUAGCGGCAGUAAAUGCCAGCUAUGCUAGCGAGUGCCGUCUGCAGCUGCCUGGACAGCUACCAUGUUGACAUUACAGGGACUAAUAAGAGUUAUUUAUGUAACAUGUGCCACAAUAAAAGGCAAAAAUGACCUGUUCAACAAAAACUCUGCUGUGUCUGCGUCUGCUUUCAGGCCCAAAUCCUGGUGAAGCUUUUCUCCACCACUCGAAGGAUGACCCAAUAAUUCCUCGCUUAGUCACAUUUCCUCUUCGUCUCUGCCCUUUUUUCCGUCGGCUUGCAUUUCCUUAGCACUUUUGGCGGUGGGGCGAGCAGAGGUGUUUUUUUUUUUCCCCGUCCUUUUCCAUCACAGCUCCUGUAGCUAAGCUGCUACGCUACUUUUAUCCACUCAGAGCUCCAAGGAGAGCCGGAAGAGUGGAAGGGGACGAGUCAGAACGAAUACAGCAAGGUGAUUGGAUGGAGAGGAGGGCAGGAGAUCUACCAAUAGGAGCUGUCCGGGACGAAUGGCUCCCAUUGGUCAAUGUUUUUGCAGCCCUGUACCUGCGAGGGUGAACGGAUUUUUUCCAUUCUUUUUUCUCUUCACUUUGUGGAGAUCGCACUAUCGAACCAUGAUCACCAUAUAAACGAGGUUCAUAAUUAUUACCAAUCUCUCCAAUCAUCAACCAUGCAUUUAAUAUCAUGAAAUCUCCUGUUUGACUUCAUUUGUAGGUGCUGCUGUUUUCUGUGGAUCAUCUGAGAUUGAUCAUGUGGUUGCUAAUGCGACUGUGUUUGCAUGUGGUGAAGAUGGCGCUGUGUGAUGUUGCUGAAGUCUGAUGAGUAAAUGUGCUUGACAAGCCACUACCCUGGUGAACUACAGUGUCUGAAUAAUUGAAGUGCUGCUGUGGGCAAACCAAUCUUUCUUUCUGAACAUGUCUAAUUUUAAAAUAUGUUGUUCGAGCUGUAAUGUACUCUGAGUAAUGGCACACUGUGGAUUACAUGAUGACUUUUCUUUACAAACAUGUUUUUUUUCUUGUUAUGAGAGAUUUUCUUCCAGGCCAAACCAAGGACAGAGACCACAGGAUUUUUUUUUUCCCCUUGUUGGUUUUGUGUAGCGAUGGGCCCCCCUUAAGCUUACCUUACAGUGUGAAUAUGGUUUGCUUCACAAGCUGUUGUUGUUAAACAGAGCCUGAAAUAAUGUGGCAUGCCCACAGAUGUACAUUGUGUAUAGAGUGUGUAAUGAUGUGAGCUGUUGAGGUUUCAGAGUGGGAUUUGAGGUUACAGAGGCAAAAUGUGCAACCCAGAAUCAGACACUAAAUCUUCUUUUCCAUUUCCACGCUGCUUCUCCUCAAAAUCAGAAAGAUCCAGAUGAGGGAUUUCCUCGCCUUUUGUUUGUUUCCUAAUAUCCUUAAAACCAAAGUUAUGGCAGAGAGAACAGUUUUUGAUUGAACAGCUGGCAAAUGUUUUGAACCGUGAAUUAAAUGUGAAUCACAUGAAUUGUUUUGGAUUAACUGUUCUCAUGUCAAAAUAGUGCUACAAGUUAGUCAGGCUUUGACAAAUCAAUUACAACAUUUCCGCAUUGAUUUUUUUGAUGUUAUGUUGAAAAGGCACGUCUUUGGCAUAAGAAAUGACAGUUGGAACCCGCAGGAGUAUUUUGUCCUCAUUUUAAAUUUCACGUCAGAAAGUAAACAGCAUGGAGCACAAUGCAGUUUUAUGAGUUUGAUGUAUCUAUUGUGACACUGGUUGUUCUCUUGAAAAUCAGGGCAUUUUACUUUUUAGUGUGUGUUUGCACAAACUGACACACACACAUAAACACAGACUCCCCCAACUCAUUCCCUUUUUUGUAAAUGGUCCCUAUCCUUUAUGUCCUUAAAGGAAAUCUAACUGGAUUGCAGACAGAAUGAAGAAGCUAAUCAAACCGCGAGGAGGAGGGAAAGAGGGACGCGCCCUCUACACCGCCGCGGGCAGCGUGGAAAACCUGGCCGACAGCACUGAAUUUACAUCAGACGCACACACUUCUCAGCCCGGUGAGACCACACACACACACAUACACAAUCAGACAUGCACACACACAAGUGCUCCGGCGCACCACCUCUCGCAAACAGCAGCCAACUGGUUUUCACGAAGAUAUGCUCGCAUGCUCACCCCAUCAAGCGAGGCUACAGGCAUGCAUACAAAUCAUCUCAUGACUACCAAGUGUGGUCAGCAUUGAUACCACUCUCCUCCCCUCAGAUCUCCCCCUGCAGAGCGCCAAGACCGACUGAGGCAGGUUUUCUCUGCUAACCACAUGUUGAAAGGAAAAGAGGCUUUAUUCUCUUUUAUGCACCUUGACGGCUGAAUGAAUUUAGACGUUGAGUGAUAGAUAAAAAGCGUGCAGCUUUUUUCAAAGUCAGGAUUUAAGCUGCAACCUGCAUUUCAGAUUUUUUUCACCCUCUCUGAUACACUAUUAUUAUCCCCAUUUAAUUUUAUUUUCUCUCCCUUUGUGUUUCUGUUAUCCUGCUUUCUAAAGCUGUGUGUCAGCUGGGUGAGCUCAGCUCCUUCUGUUCCUCAACAAGUGGACUGCUGGGUUUUUAUUGAGCCUGUAUAUCAAACACCAUCUUGAAACCCCACCACAAGAGCAAGAAGCGGAGAGUCUCAAACAAUCAUGCCUGUAGCCGACACGCUACAGCCUAACAGCAAAAAAAUUCAAUCCCAGUGCGACUGGUCUUAAAUAAUAGGUGGGCUUUGUCUGGUAACACACAAGUAAAGCCAGCCCACACAUCAUACACCAUUCCUGUUUCAUCCUGUUGUUUAUGUCGUUUAAUAAAUCACCAAGCCUGCCUUUAACCCUGAAACUACACUGCCAUUAAAACAGGUUAAAUAGACCUAAAAUACUGGUCUGUCCAGCUCAAAGGCUAGAUCACAACCCAGAGGGCGGAGCAGGCUCAAAUCCACUGACCAAUCCUCUCGAUCCGGACAUGAAAACACCCUCCAAAUAAUCUCAUUUUAAUGAAACCUUCUGAGCAAACCUUGAUAAAGCUCUGACUUAGACUUUUAUCAUCUCAAUAUCAUCAUUUUCAUCUAAAAUUUCAUCACAUGUGAUAUAUUUUACAUUUAUAUUGACAAGGUUUAAUUUUUCAGUAGAAAGCUACCACUUUGUUUAUGCAGUAUAACACUAUUAUACUCAUGAGAGAUCAUAACAGAAGCAUAUUUUCAAUGUUUUCUCACCUUUGAAAUGUGUCACAGCAUGUUUUUUCAAUUUCAAACAAACAAAGAUUAAGAUUAAGAGUCUCCUGCAGACCAUCAGCAGUGAAUUCAUUGAAAUCGGGUAUUAAAUACACUCACUGCUGUAUGGUUCUCCAACAAAUAAGCGGAUGUUUCCUUUAAUGAGUUAAAUGUUGCUUCUUCGGUCAUUUUCGAGGUUUUCACACUUGGCAUUUAUUGAUUUGAUUCUUAUUACCUUUAAAGCGAGAAAGUGAAAUUGCAUCCGUAGCAGAUUACUGUUGACAAAUGCAUGAAUGCAUACUUAACGUACUGUAUGUGCCUCACUUAGCUCUGUGUGUGAAAGCAUGAAGGUUUUAUUGAUUUCAUAUUGAUUAAGAGCUCUGAGUAAGAGAUUCAAAUGAAUGUUUACAGUGUUCGCUGUACUUCAGCAGCUUGUGAUGGUUUGUCUCUUCAAAUCAUUCACUCAUAGAUCAUGGUUGAGGGAAGAUUAAUGUCUGAACACACUUGAGAGAGUUGACAGAGGUCGCCAGAAGUCCAGUUGCUCACCCUGGUUAAUGGUUGACCAGAUCUUCCACCUUUAUUUUUAUUUUUGCAGAUGCCGGUGAAAGUUAACCUUGUGCGUAUUUGUCAUAGUUGUUUCUUUACCUGUUUUUUCCAGAUCCCCGCAGUGCUCCUGUCUCUCCUUCCCCGAUGAGAAGAGCCCCAUCUCAGACAGAUCCUGACAUCUCAGGUCCCGGAACUCCAGCCACACGCCCCGGCUCAGGAGGCCGUCGUAAACUGGGAUCUCGUCACGGCUGGGGGCUCGGGUUGGCAAGAGCAGGGUCUGGAGUUUCUCAAUCGUUCAGCGCCGGCGACCAAAAAACACCACCUCGCCUGCGACUGCGCUCCAGCCAAAACACCUCCUCUGUCCUCUGGGAGGGAGAGCGAGGCCAAACAAACCCAGAACCGGCAGCAAAGGCAUCACCGACCAGUCAGGAGAGUGUUGAGGAGGAAGAAGGUAAAGGUGAGGAGCAGAGAGUGGAAUGAGAAAGAUGUCUGUCAAUGUUAGCUUUCAAAAAUCUCCUCUCUAACAAGCCAAAAGAGAAUAUCUUUAUAGGAACACAAUGUCAAGUUUUUGUUAAAUUGUUAACCUGUUUUCUAAAAUAAAAAUGCAAUUUUUUAACAUUUCUAAAAUGGUUGUGUGUGUUUGCAAGGCUCAAAGCAAAGUGCACAGAAUUAAUAAAAAUCUUUUGGGAAACAAGUUGAAUGUUAAACUGAAUAAAAACUGGACUGUAAAGUAAAAUUAUUCCCCGAGAGCAGCUGUAACAUCUACAAUCACUGAAGAAACAGCUCAUACUCUUCUUAAUAAAACAUGCGCUGGCCUAUUAGACUGAGAUCUUCUCUGCCUUCCAGACAAUCAACACUCGAGUGGAGACGUGGCAGCAGCCUGA